UCCCCCGAGCGGUGGCUGCGGGGCCGAUGCGGGCGCUGGGGCUCGGGGUGCUGCUGGCGCUGCUGCCGCCGCCCGCUCCGGCAGAGACCUUCAGCGCCAUGAGGAGCGUGCGGGCGGCGAUGGGCGCCGAGGGCCGCCUGCUCCGCCGGCUCCGCGCCUACCUGCGGGAGGAGAGCGCCCGCCUGCGCCGCCUGACCAGGUUCUAUGAGAAGGUCCAGGCGCUGCACCAGGACCCGCAGGCCUCGGUGGACAACCCCUUGCUGGCCUUCGGCCUCAUCAAGCGCCUCUACUCCGACUGGCCCAAUGUCAUCUACAGCGAUGAGGCCACCGAGAACACCCAGGAGCUCCACGCUGGCUUCCAGGAGGUGGAGCAGGAGCUGCCGGGCGCCGAGGACCUGGACGGGGCGGCGCGGGCGCUGAUGCGGCUGCAGGACGUGUACGGGCUCAGCGUCAAGGGCUUGGCCAACGGCGUCUUCCAGCGCGCCGGGGCCGCCCGCCCGCCCCUCUACAGCCCCCGCCGGCUCGUGGCCCUCUCCGCCGACGACUGCUUCCAUGUGGGAAAGGUGGCCUAUGACACGGGUGACUAUUACCACUCCAUCGCGUGGCUGGAGGAGGCCGUCGGCCUCUUCCGCCUCUCCUACGGCAGCUGGAACCCGGAGGACCGGAGCAGCCGAGAUGCUCUGGACCAUCUCGCCUUCUUCCUACUUCAUGGCUGAAACGUCUCCCAUGCCUUGAGCCUCUCCAGGGAGUUUCUCCAUUAUGACCCCAGUAACCCCAGGGUGUUGAGGAACGUGGUCAAGUACGAGGAGCUGCUGGAGAAGGGGACAGGGAGAAGCGCUGAGCCCCUGCGACGUCCCAAUGGCACCCACCUACAGAGCCGGGAUGCCUACGAGGAGCUGUGCCAGCGCCCACGGGGGCAGUCAGCCCCGGAGCAUCUCCCACACCUCGUCUGCUCCUAUGAGACCAAUGGCAGCCCCUUCCUCCUGCUCCAGCCUGCCAAGAAGGAGAUGGUCCAGACCCAGCCCUACGUGGCUUUGUACCACGAUUUCAUCAGUGAUGCCGAGGCUGAGACCAUCAAGAGGUUGGCCGGGCCUUGGCUGCAGAGGUCCGUGGUCGCCUCUGAGAAGCAGCAGAAAGCUGAGUACCGGAUAAGCAAGAGUGCCUGGCUGAAGGACACGGCCGACCCGGUGGUGCGGGCGCUGGAGCAGCGCAUCGGGGCCGUCACCGGCCUGGACCUGAGGCCGCCCUAUGCCGAGUACCUGCAGGUGGUCAAUUAUGGGCUGGGAGGCCACUACGAGCCACACUUCGACCACGCCACGGCCAAGCCGCAUCCAUACGGGACUGCCCAUUCCCAUGGGAAUGACCAGGCCACAUCCUCCCUCCCGGGGCAGUCGAGGAAGCCCCUUUACAGGAUGAAGUCAGGCAACAGGAUCGCCACGGUCAUGAUCUACCUGAGCGCAGUGGAAGCCGGCGGCUCCACCGCCUUCAUCGCCGCGAACAUCAGCGUCCCCGUGGUCAAGAACGCGGCUCUCUUCUGGUGGAACCUGCAUCGGAACGGGGCCGGGGCCGGGGCCACGCUGCACGCUGCCUGCCCCGUGCUGGCCGGGGACAAGUGGGUGGCCAAUAAAUGGAUCCAUGAGUACGGCAGGAAUUCCGGGCGGCCGUGCAGCACGGACCCACAGGAAUGA